UCAGUCUUCUGUGUGUGCGCGUCUCUCGCUCGCUCGGUCUCUCUCGCCGGCUGACAGCGACAGCAGCGAGUUUUACUGUUUAUUUAAUUCGUAACAUUCUUAUUUCUUUUACUUCCUUUUAUUUUUCUUUCUUUUGCGAACGGACCCGAGGAGUUCGUGUGACGUCAUCGGAUCAUGGGUUUUGGCGGGAAAGAUCUGACCCUGGGCAACAUGAAGGCGCUGAUCCUGGUGGGCGGGUUCGGCACGCGGCUGCGGCCCCUCACGCUGAGCCGGCCGAAGCCCCUGGUGGAGUUCGCCAACAAGCCCAUCGUGCUGCACCAGAUCGAGGCGCUGGUGGCUGCCGGUGUGACGCAGGUGGUGCUGGCCGUGUCCUACCACGCCGAGCAGAUGGAGCAGGAGCUAGCGCAGGAGGCCCAGAAGCUGGGCAUCGAGAUCACGUUCUCGCUGGAGGAGGAGCCGCUGGGCACGGCCGGACCCAUCAAGCUGGCGCAGUCCAUCCUGGCCUCCAACGACGAGCCCUUCUUCGUGCUCAACUCCGAUGUGAUCUGCGACUUCCCCUUCGCGCAGAUGGUCCAGUUCCACAAGCAGCACGGCAGGGAGGGCACCAUCAUGGUGACGAAGGUGGAGGAGCCUUCCAAAUAUGGUGUGGUGAUUUACGAUGACUCUGGCAAGAUUGACAGAUUCGUUGAAAAGCCACAGGAGUUCGUCUCCAACAAGAUCAACGCAGGAAUGUACAUCUUCAACCCCUCAGUUUUAAAGAGGAUAGAGUGCCGCCCUAUGAGUAUUGAGAAGGAGGUGUUCCCUUACAUGGCAGAAGAGGGCCAGCUUUAUGCACAAGAGCUCCAAGGCUUCUGGAUGGACAUUGGACAACCAAAGGACUUCCUGACAGGAAUGUGCCUCUACCUCAACUCUUGCAAGAUUAAUAACAGUGCCAAGCUCUGUAAAGCCCCAGGUAUUGUUGGCAACGUCCUUGUAGACCCUUCAGCCAAAAUUGGGAAGAACUGUCGCAUUGGCCCCAAUGUGACUAUAGGGCCUGAUGUGGUGAUUGAGGAUGGAGCUUGUAUCAAGCGGUGCACAAUCCUUCGAGGAGCCACCAUAAAGUCACACACGUGGCUUGAAAACUGCAUAAUUGGAUGGAAAUGUAUUGUUGGGAAAUGGGUGCGCAUGGAAAACGUUUCUGUGCUGGGCGAGGAUGUGAUUGUCAAGGAUGAACUUUAUGUUAAUGGCGGAAUGGUGCUUCCACACAAGAGCAUAGCAGCCUCGGUCUUAGAGCCCAAGAUUAUCAUGUGAAACAAACCCUUGUGGGAACGGGUGUGCUAUUUAUAUGAGAAUCCUUUUUGCCUUACUCGUAAGAUCAAUCUUCAGGUUUAAAACUUUUAUUGUGUAUUGUUCAAUUUUUUUGUAUUCAGAUUUUUACUCCAUUUACGUUUUUCUCUCUUCAUUCAUACUUUAGAUAGAAUUAUGAAUUAUUUUCUAUAAUAUAUUUAUAUACAUGUAAUUUAUAUGUAUUUCUGCCUUUCUAAAUUGAAGUUGAGGAGUGUGUGAAGCAAUAUUGAGUGUAGGAGUGGGUGUGUUCCUUUCGUAACUACAAUAGAGCAAAUUUUGUUUUUUUCUGAUUGGUCUCAGGCUGAGUGUUCUGCAAUAUAUUGUACGGAGAUAAAUCAAUUAACAGAAUAUAAAUAAAAAUUCCUGUAUUAAAAAGGCAAAAGUUUAGAGAAAAUUUUUACAAAUUAAUAUUGCUAAUUCCAGUAUUUUCAGGCACAAUUCUUAAUAUCAUAUGGAUAUGAACUAUAUGUGUGACUUUAUACGUGACUUAGCAGCUAGUGUAAAGGUUAAAUAUUGUUGACAUUUUAUGAAUUUUGAAAGAAAGAAAAAAAUAUUUUAGAACUGUUUCAAGGUACAAAGAAACAAACUUCAUCUGUAUGUAUGUGCAACCUGAAGAUAAGUUCUAACUUGAAAUAUGUUUUUUGAUUCACAUUAUACUUUUAUUCUCUUUGUAAUAGAUAGAUAUUCUCUCUUUUUCCAUGGUUAUUUUUAUGCAUCCUAAUAUGUGUCCUACAAAGAUUAUCACGGAUUUUAGUUUUCUAUCCUAAUGUCACUAUUUAAGGUAUUUAAUUUGCAGUUUGUGGAUGUUUUGCUCACGAGAAAUGGAGGUUUUGCAUAGAUUGUUAAUUUGUAUUGAUUAUUCAAUAUUCCAAAAUGACAGUUUCCAUAUUCUUAGGCAGUGUUGUCUUACAUGAAAUAAUUAUAAGACUAAGAAAAAAAAGGCUAUUUAAUGUAAUGAAAUCAAAUUCUUGUUAAAUUCUGGAAGUAAGUGACAAAGUUGUUAACUUUUUUCUACGGUACUUCUAAGAUUUUUGUCUAAUAAAAUAUACUUUAGCAUA